AUCAAUAUAUUUCAUUUGAGUCACAGACGAAAGACAAGAUCGAAUGUCCACGUAUUAUAACCGGUGGUUAGUGCAUUUUACCAGCUUCAGAAAUUACGAAAAGCACCCCCUGGACCUGACCGGCAUGUUCACGCUGUUAUAUAGACGACGUGGUGGUCACAAAUGGAAGCACUAACCGAAUAUAUCGUUCGAUUAGCUUGUGUGUGUUUUAUCUACCAAUAACAUCACCAUUGCAUCUACGUGUUGGUCGUUUGGCGAGCUGGAAAUAAUCGUCAAAUUUCCUUCGAAUCACACUUCAAAAAAAAAAAAAAAAACGCCGAAUUAAUAAAUUAUCCGGAUAAUGUGAUCUUAAUUGCACCAUAUAUUUUGUAUAAAAAGCGACGAGAUGGUCAAGGCUUGAAUAAUUUUGAUCACAGACACCUGCUCAAUCCGCGCUGACCUUGGGCUAAGUUAUAACAGUAACAACAGCUGCAGCAACAAUCAUAGCAACAACAGAAAUGAAGAUGCGUCUAUACGGUUGCUCGAUUUGCUGGAAAUAGCAGUCAAAAUUUAUUCUUCAGUUCACAGGUCACUGUCUUCUUAAAAAAACAAAAAGACAAAGUAUACUGCAUUAAUAUAAUGUAGUCCUAGAUACACUUAUGCUUGGCAAAAACAACCCCCCUCCAAAAGAAAAAAACAAGCAAAAAAAAAAACGAGAGGGUCACGGCUGCAACGCUUUUGAUAGAUCAGCUGGAUCAGGGAUGAUCUAGGGAUAAGCUGCUGCUGCUACUACUACCACCACCGCCACCAGCACUACCAGCUGUAUGACUACGACUAUAUCGACACAAACAUCCCAUCAUACCAUCACCUACUUCCACUAACCCACCCCCGCAUCCCACAACGAUUUGGCAAUACUUCGGUUACAGAUCGAUAUUUUACCCAAUUUCGGCUGGCGGUGAAUAAUAUUGUGUUCGACAGCAGCCAUCCACUGGCAUUAAACGGUGUUCCGAAGAUGGAUGUCAGCAUCUCGCCAUCAACAGAAAAUCUUCUCCCUGAAUGUGAAACAGGAAGAAGCAUUGUUUGAUGGAUGCAGAGGUACAGUCUGUCUGUGAGAUCUCGUCGUUGGUUAUUCUGAUUUCUGAGUUCUAGUUUUCAUUGCUCCACAGCGAUGUGCUGACGCUGGAGACGAUUGCGAUUCCAUUUUUGUGAAGACAACAAUGACGAAAAUGGUGAGCAGUUUAGAGACAAACAACGAUUUUAAUUUCUCGGACAAAGGUAACAGUUCUACUUCGGUGAUAAACAGGUCAAAGAAUAGAAAGAGCUGUUCAGAACAACAGCAACAACAACAGCAGCAACAGCAACAACAACAACAACAACAAAAAUCCUCAAACAAAAGAACUGAAAAAGAGCUCCAGGAACCAAGCAAUGUUCACGUCUUGAUCCUCUUCAUCCUCUUCCUUCUGUUUGUGUUUUUUUACACGGGUCUCCGCGUCUACCUUCGACCGACGAAAGCCCCAAUACCUGUUACUGUGAAUACUUUUCAAGAGUACCUCACUGAAAUACAACAGAUAAAGUACAUGUACUUCACUCAGACAGAGGAAUUCUGGAACAUUCUGAAAGACAAUGCGCAGCAGUUUCUGAUGACUGGCAAAGAACCUAAAACCCCUGCUGCCGUCAUGGUGAUCCUUCCUGCUGGUGAGAGGCAGUUGGCUGUUUGCCUCUUGGAUUACUGGUCGCAAAUCAUGAACAGACUUUUGAGUAGCCAAAUCACAGACUCAGCUUUAGAACCGGUCGUGGACGGUUCUAGUGUAACGUCUUACAAACCUGGACACCAAAGGACAAUAAUAUCCGAACAGAUUCAACAGUUAGUCGCAAGUGGUCACAAGUCGGUCACCAUCAGCAGUUGGGAGCAUCUGCACAUUGAAACGCUGCAGCUCCUGUGCAGUAUAUGCGAGUCAACGAAUUUGUUCUACCAGCAAGUGACAGUGGUAUUUCUACUGGAGAUACCAGAUGAAGAGCAUCACAUUGAUAAUAAGUCAGAGAUACAUUCCUACUUGGCUUCAAUCUGGAGUCAUUUAAAAGAUGAUCAAGUUAAGAAUUUACUACAUGUAAUAGCUAAUAACAUUGCCUUUCUAACACCGGACGAUACUUUCAUGGGUUGUUAAGGUUUAUGGUAACAUGGAGGACAUCUGUAAUGUUCACCUUCCACACACAAAUUCCUUCCUUAAUCAAUCGUGUGUUUAUGUGAUACAAAGGAACCUGUAAUUUUCACUUCAUACAAAUUCUCAAGGGUUUGCUUAAGUGUGUGUAUGUGUAUGUGUAUAUAUAUAUGUAUAUAUAUAUAUAUAUAUAUAUA